ACUCGUUACGCGUGCGGAUCGGAAAACAGGCGACAAAACCCACGUUCUUCCCAGAACACGCAAACAGGUCGCAGGGCAGAGAUAACGGCGAGAGGCCGAACAAUGGGGAGACCUAUAUAACGCAAGGACGCCGGUAAACAAGCCAGUUCACAGUCUGCAACUGUCGGGAGAGAGAGAGAAGCUGGGCAACAUGAAGCUGCUCGCCGCUGUGAUUCCCCUGCUCGCCAUCACUCUGAAGGCAAGAAACUGUUUGGGCGUCAUCUGCAAUGAAUUUGGAUUCUUCUGUGCAGACGAAGAGCAUUUUGGUAUGUGCGUGGAUUACGCCAACGGGACAGUGAAAGCAGAUUUGAGUUUCCUGACGGAAUGCCCUUACAGCAUGGUGUGCAACGUAAACAGUGAUCCCGUGUGUGCAGAGCCGACUGCGACGUCAAACACAAGCCAGAGUGCAAACACAACAAACAUUGUUUCACCACAGAGUGCCAACACGACAAACCAAACCACUCCAGCCCCUGCCACUGCUGAUCAGUCGCAAGUCACCGAGGCAACACAAUCUGCUGGUACUCACAACAAAUAUAAUGUAUUAAAUAAUUAUUAUCACUUAAUUUUUAACAUCUUAAAAAAUAAUGUAAGUAACGAUUCGCUUAAAGAACCAACACUUGAAACCACAUUCAAUGACACAAGAAUAAUUUCAAAUAGUAGUAGAAGUAUUAAAGAUUUUAUCACAGAAAAAUUGUCACUUUUAAAAUAUAUUAUUUCUGAUAAGAAUGAAACUAAUCCAUUUGUGGCUAGAACAGUAGACAAUGUUGCAACCUUUUUCAAACAACUUGUUUCCUACUUUUAUAGGGCAGAAAAUGUUGCAGACAAUGGUACCUCUCUAUAUCAUCCCAAUUCUACUGCUCUUCUUAGAAAAUUAGAACACAUCUUGCAGCAGGAACGCACAAAGAACGCCUCAAUAUCAGCAAGGAACCUUUCAGAUAUCCAGCCGGAAUCUCAAGAAAUACUUAGAAAGCUUGCACUUUUUGAUUUACUUGGUCAAGUGAACUUUUCUGAUUUCCUCCUGAAUUUAGAAGCGUUAAAAAAUGAAAAAAUAAAACUUGUGCAAGAGAAGAUCGAACGUUCGAAACAGGCUGGCCAAACUGACUUCUCCGAUUUCCCGGAGCGUUUCCGGGCCGUAAAUGAAAAAAAAGUGAAGAUAAUAAAGGAAAUGAAGGAACUUUUAACACAGCUGGCUCAAUCAAAUAACAUUUCAGAGCUCCUUCAUCUAAAUCAAUCCUCAAUUGAAAAACCCCCAUCUACCGAAAAAUCAACAUACAGUGAAGAACAAAUAUCGACUGAAGGACCAACAUCCACUGAAGGACCAACAUCCACUGAAGGAGCAGCUUCCACUGAAGUAUUAACAUCUACUGAAGGAGCAACAUCUACUGAAGGAGCAACAUCUACUGAAGAAAAACCCGUAUCUAAUGAAGGCUCAACAUUAACCACAGAAAACACAUCAAAGUUCAGUGUCACUACUCAGCAACCAUUAACCACUUUGAACAGUACACCUAGAUACUCUGAAAUAUAUACAAACACUUGCCAACAGUUUCUGCAGACACUAAAUGAAAAAUUUUCAGAUCCGAAAAAUAACUCAAGUUAUGUGCAAGUCUUGUUCAGAAAUAUCUUAAAUAAUAUUCUGGAACGAAACACAAGUUCACUUUUCAACUCUGAUGUUUGUGCACAAUUUAUUUCUGAAAUACACAAAACUAACAAAGAAUUUGAAAUAACUACAGGAACUUUGUUUAAACUUUGGGGAAUAUCAAUAAAAAAUGCAAUCAUCUCAUAUAAGCUAAAUAAGCCCUCUAAAAUAACUACCAUUACACCGAUUAAUGAUCAAGUUCCUCUCAAUACAAACAGCCAAGUGGGAAACAAAAUAGAAAGUAUUCUAAGCAGAAUAAUUGCACACAAAAAUCAGAAGCACAACAUUACAAAAUUGCAUUCCACUUCAAAUUCAGAUGAGUCAGCUGAUUCCAGCAACCAAUCUCAGUCCAAAGAUUUAAAGAAAGAAGAGAAAAAAGCGGAAAAAUUAAAUAAAAAGUUAUCAGAGAAACGCUUGAAAAAUGAGAAAAAACUGACCCAAAAAAAGUUGUCAGAGAAACCCUCCAAAACAGAGAAAAAAGUGCACAAUGUCAAACACACUGAUAAGCUGAAAAAUAUAUCACAAGAAUCUGGGGACUCAAAGGAGAAUUCACAAGAUGAUAGUGAUUCAUGGGAAAAAUCAAAUGAGUCAGAUGAUUCUGAUUCUUCUGACUAAGCACAUCAUGGGUUAUGGCUUUGACUGAGUACUUACAGUAUUUAUACAUUUGUAAAACAUUUUCGAAGUACGUAGUAACUCCAUAUUAAAAAAACAUAUCAGUUACUGAAAAGUGAAAAAUGUUGUUUUAGUAUACAGUAAAACCCUUUGUCUGAAGUACCUAAUGACUGAGCUUCUCUGUGAUAUCUAAAAUAUCCUACAAUUUAAGGUUAUAUAGUUAUAAAAAUAUUCUUAGUAUAUUUGCACUAAAUUUUACAAAUUUUAUUUUCUGUGCGUGGAUUUUAUUUUUGUUUACACAAACAAAACAAAAGAAUGUAUUUUUCUUAUAUUCAGAAAAUAUUCAUAAUGGCUGAAAAUUAUCUGCAAUCUUCUUUCACCCUUUUCUUUUGCCACUUCGUCUGUUUAACUAGAAGUACAUAUAUUAAAAUGAAUCUAUCCAUCUAAAAUGUAUCUAUCUAUCAAUCAAAAUUUAGUGCAAUUGCUGUCUUUUUUUUUGUUAAUAGUGAUUACAAAACAAUUUGUCAAAAGUCUAUUAUGCAUAAAAAAACUAUUACCUUUUUUCAAGUUUUAAUGAUCUCUAUUCAACAGUGAAAAUGGGUUGGUUGACUAUCAUCAUUUUAGAAUGUAGCUCUUACACCAGCUGUUUAUCUGAUAACUUUGAAAGCCUUGGUUGUAUCUUAUAUAAAUUUGUUAAGGUAGAAUUUAAAAAAUUUACCUUAAAGGUAAAAAUUAUUGUUACUAGUUUUGAAAAGUGUGUCUAGCGCAAAGUGCAUUAUUGUUCACUAUUUAUUAAAAAAAAAUUAUGUAACUGUAAAUGAAAUCAUUGGUAUUAAAAUUAUAUGUUUAGAGAUGCUAUUAAUGUAAUUUUUAUGGUAAAACACUAAAUGUUUUGUCAAACAUUUUUAUUGUAAAUUAAAUUUAAUCCAAAAAAAACCAAUACAAACAGUGAUUAAUUCAACAAUAUUCAUGCAAAUUACAUAUGGCCAAGGAAAAAUUGUGGAAAAUGCUACUUAAAUUAUUUAAAUUAAAAAAAUCAAUUUCAAGAAAUACUUUACUAUUUGAUGUAACAUAUAUGUAACAUUAAAUAUUCAAUAUUGUUGAGACAAGGCAAGUUAGACACACUGUUUUGUAGUGAGUAUUACAAGAGUGUAAUGUAUUAUUGAUAAUUGUAUUAAAAAAAAAGUAAUUUUGCACUA